CACUGGUCUUCCAUUUUUUCCGCUGAUAUAAAUGUUAUAUAUCGCGUGGUCCCACUCAAACCGCAAACUACAAGGAAAAAUGCUCAGCUCAACAUUGAAGCAAUUCAGACACUGCUCUCGCUCAUUCUCCAGGCUCUGUGCUAUACAAGCUCGGGCACGGCAAGCCCCAGGAGCCGCUGUGUCCAGUAAAGUCACCCAGGGGUCAGAGGGACGCCGAUUUUCCACAGAUGAAACUCAAUAUCUGCAAAUCGACUGUCAGGAAGUCUGCUUUAAGUCCCUCAUCGCCGACCAUGAAAACGGCAUCAUGUCCAAAGUGGAGGAAAGAAGACCGGAAGUGGUUCUGUUAGAUCAUUUACACGAGUCUGACUUUUGGGGCAAAAUACAAUCACUCAUGCGCCAUCUAGGAUACACCGGAAGUAUAGAAGACUCGCGGCAUGGCCGAGUAAAGGGCGUGUUUAUAAGGAACGACUUGAUGGGCCGCAGGAGUCAAAGCGAGGGAGGGACAUUCUAUAAGUCAAGAAUGCCCGACCCAUAUUAAUGUCUAUAAAAAAUAGACAAACUUUUGGCUCACCCCCUACCUCAAAUAACAUUGUAGUGUUGACAUUACCCCCCUUAAAUGUCUACCUCAGAGUAUAUAGUGACGCAAAAAAGAAUCUCAAUUAAUUAAUGAGUCGAAUAGACCAGGGCAGCAUCCCGCUGUCUACAAUUGUUGUUAUUUAAAUAUUUUAAAAAAAUAUUUUUACUAGUAUGUAUUAGUUAACUUGUACUUUGGGCAAUCCACAUGUGUACAUGUUGUUGUUUUUUUUUUAUUACAUUGUUUAUGAAUGGUUUAUAAAAUAAAGAAAUGUACAAAGAUUA